ACACCAUCAUGGCGGCGGCCAUAUCAAGGAAGAAAACAAAUGCCAUGUUUUGUUUACGUUACGUAUUUUCAAUUAGUUUCUUGCUGGCAAUAAGUCUGCAUGGGGGAUAUUGUGAUCAAACACCACAAGACUGUGUUUUUGGUGGCUCAGACUUCUCUUUGAUCAAGCAGUUUAAUCCCUGGCCAAUGUUAUCCGAGGAUGGGAACACAACCUAUCAGAUCAGUCUUUGUGAGGCAAUCAAACCGCAUCAAGGUGGAGAUUGUCACGACCAGACUUCUAUCUGUAGGACAGUCAAGGGGGAAUCGCCAAAGUCUUCGGGCAACUUUACACACAUGGCAGCUGCUGAUAACACUCAAGUCUCUGAACAAACACUUGUCUUUCAAGGGGAUGCAUGUCCUGAUGUAGUCGAUGGCCAUUAUGUUACAAUGAUCACCUUCCAGUGCAGUUUAAAUGUGGGCCUAGGUUCACCUGAAUUCCUGGUGUACUCGCUGUGUACAACGUAUGUGCUGUGGCGCACAAAUGUGGUUUGUAACGACACCGAGCGGGCUGUGAAGGAGGUCCCUUGUUAUGUGUAUGACCAUCUCAACCAGAAACACAACCUUGCACCGCUCACAAAGAAAGACGGUGGCUACCUGGUGUCGUCCGAGGCAGGCUGGAACUUUUAUAUCAAUGUGUGUAAAGACAUUAAAGGAAUUACAGAAAUUCCUGGCGGAGACCCAGAUGAAAAGACAAAGAUGUGCCCACCAGGGGCUGGUGCCUGUCAGAUCAAUACACGUGGUUCAGGAACAGCAUUAGGGAUGGGAGACCCUAAAGACAAGCUUCAGGUUGCCACUGGAGAAAACAAAUUCCUGUUACGCUACACUACUGAUGAGACUGUUAAUGGCUGUACUGCGAAACCUUCCACCAGUAUAGAGUUCCGGUGUCCCAGUGUGGGUGGGGGGAAAGAUCCUGUCAUGGUGGCUGAUUUCAACUGUCAGUUCCGCAUCGUGUGGGAAACGGAACAUGCUUGUGCGGAAGUUGACAUCACAAACAAAACUUGUCGUCUUGUCAAGGAAUCUGAAAACAUUGACAUAGAUCUUUCACCUCUCAGGGUUUACCGUGCAGACCGUAAAUACCAGGUAACAGUGCCCCCUAGCACUAAAGGUGGCGACUACUACAUAUACUACCUCAACGUAUGUGGGGAGCUGGGAAUCCAGUGUCCGGACAUGAACCACGUCCAAAACGUGGCAGCGUGUCAGACCAAGUCUGGUGACUCGGAUUACGGCCGUGUCAUUGGGUCAGUUGGCAAUGGUGACCAGAGACUAAGGUACGCUGAUGGAGAUCUUACCUUGACCUACCGAGGAGGCGAUAUUUGCCACAAGAACAAUCCACGAACAACUAUUAUCAACUUUAAAUGUGACCCCAAUACAGCUGUUAACAUGGGUAAAGGUUACCCAACAUUUGUGAAGGAGGUCAACGACAGCUGUAUCUACAUGUUUGAUUGGGCUACCAAGUACGCAUGUUCGGGUCAUCCAGCUAAUGAAGAGUGUCGAGUUGACUACAAUGGCAAACGCUACGACCUUUCACCCCUUACACGACGCCAUGGACACGAAACUGAUUGGGAGGUGUUACACAGUGACGGGACAGACGCUGGGAAACAAUUCUACCUUAAUGUGUGUAACGACUUACUGAACACAGGCGGUGCUGCUAGCUGUCACCCGGACGCUUCCGUCUGUCUUAUAGAUCAUAAUGGCCCCCAUAAUCUGGGUUCAUUCAUCGAGAAUCCUGUAUUCUCCAAGGAGACAAAUGCCCUACAAAUCACCUACGGUAACGGGGAACCAUGUGGGGACAAGAAACGCACACGCUCCAUUAUAGACUUCAUCUGUAAGCCAGGAGACCUGGAGAGUGGCCCUGUUCUCAUGGAUACCUCUCUUGACAGCUGUCUGUACAGGUUUGAGUGGCAUACCUCCGCUGCAUGUGUACUGGGACAUUGGAGGGGAGACAACUGUCAUGUAUUUGACAAGGAAGCAGGAUUCAACUUUGACCUUUCACCUCUGACCUUGAAGGAAGGAUCAUAUUCUGUCACGGAUACAAACAAGACUUAUGAAUAUCAUAUCAAUGUGUGUGAUGCUGUCCAUAACACUUCGUGUGACACAAGUAAAAGUACUCCUCCGAAUGCCGGAGUUUGUCAGACAAAGAGCGGUGACCAUGCAAUCAAUACAGGAACUGCUUCCAGCAUUCUGGAGUACUACGAUGGUAUGAUAAACCUAACAUACACAAAUGGACAGGUGUACAACAGCCAUCCUCCAGUUCCACGGAAGACAGAGAUUGUGUUCCUAUGUGACACAAGUGCUGGCAAAGGCAAGCCCUCGUUUAUUUCAGAGAGUUCCUGGGGAUACAGUUUUGAGUGGUACACAGCCUAUGCUUGUCCGAAUGAGCCAGUCGAAUGUACGGUCACAGACCCAGCACGCAAGCAACAGUAUGAUCUGUCUAGCUUAUCCAAGUCAGUGAGUCAGGACAACUGGGAGUUAUUGGACGACAGUGACCCCAAAAACAAGCUCAAGUACUACAUCAAUGUGUGUCGUCCACUCAGCGAGGUACACGUAGGCAAGGGCUGCUCAACCUUUGGGUCAGCAUGUCGCACAUCCUACAAAACUGGACAGGAGGCUGUGGACAUAGCAGAUUUAGGAAGUGUGGUGUCGCCACCGGUCGUGGAGAGGGAGGGUCAGCUGUCACUCAAAUACCGUACCAAAGACAAGAUCUGUGACGACAUUAAUGGCAAUGGCAAGACGACUAUCACCACAUCCAUACAUUUCAUCUGUAGUCGAGGCGCUAUGGUGACUGGGCCAAGCACUGUGACAAAGUUAGGUAACUGUGAUUAUGUAUACAUGUGGGCCACAGAGGCUGCCUGUCCUCUAGAGAUGACAGAAGCAACCACCAACUGUUCUGUCAAGGACCGUAACUCUGAUUAUGUCUUCAACCUUGGCCUCCUCACCAGAAAGAGUGAUACUGACUACUAUGACGUCAAGGACGGAGCCUAUCAAUUCAGAAUCAACAUCUGCGGAGUCAUGUCACCGACUCAUUGUCCUCAUGUGGAGGGUAAGGCUAUGUCCUUAUGUCGUCUGCUCCCCAACUCCUCCACCGAGGGCCUCAGCUUCCUCAAAUACACCCUCGACUAUGAUGACGAUGGCAAACUGAUGCUGAAAUAUGAAGGCAAACGACUGGACAGUGGGAUAAGGAUAGAGGUCAGGGUUCUGUUCCUCUGCCGACAAAAUGUGGAUAUUGGUGAGCCUAAGUUUGACCGAGUGGACGAGGGAUACAAGUACAUAUUUACAUUUGAGACAUCACUAGCGUGUAAACCUGACCCAAUAGAUUGCUUGGCUGAAGAUAUCCAUGGAAACCGUUUUGACCUGAGUCCGCUGGCACGUGGUGCCGGCGACACAAACUGGCAGGUGACAGACACUCAUAGUGACCAUAAAAAUACCUAUCACAUCAAUGUUUGUCGACCAAUCAACACAGCCGGUACCUCCUGCCAAGGUGGACCAAUCGGAGGGUGUGGGGUGUCCAGCAUUGGCGAUAGCUUCAACAUGGGCUACAUACAUUCUCAACCCAUCGCAGCCGAGGACGGGACCGUCACACUUCACUAUCGCAACGGAGACAUCUGUAACAAAAACAAAACCAAUGAAUCCCGAUACAGUACAAGGAUUCUGUUCUCCUGCUCAGGGGUUGAGCGCAACCCAACCUUUAUGGGCAAGACUGACAGCUGUGAGUACUUGUUCAGCUGGCAGACUCCCUUUGCCUGUCCCAUGAAGAAGCCUCAUAUUGGUUCAGACUGUAAGGUGCAGGAUCCACUGGCGACCCACGAGUUUGAUCUGAACCCUUUACGAAAGGCAACAGACUAUAAAGUGCCAACACCAGACAACUAUUUAUACAUCUUAAAUGUGUGCGGCCCCUUACAGUCCACCACCGCAUGUGGGGCAGACCAAGUCGGUAUAUGCCAGACCAAGCCCAGUAAUGCAAGUUACAAGGUCAAUGCAGGAAUGCCUUCCUCGGCUCUGCGCUACCAGACAGGGGUGAUCACUCUGAAAUAUCUCAAUGGAAAAUCACCCUGCCAUGGAAAAUACAAUCGCAGCACCAUCAUUACGUUUCUAUGUGACCACUCUACGAAUGGAUCAGCAGGACCGGUCUUUAUUAAGGAGGAAUCCGACUGUACUUACAUGUUUGAGUGGAAAACCAGUCUUGCUUGCCCUCCGUUUAAAGAAGAAGACUGUAGCAUCACUGCCCCAAACCAUAACCAGUAUGAUCUGAGCACGCUCGCCUUGACCAGUGAUAACUAUGACUACCUUGAUUAUAUUCAUAAUAAAAAGUUCAUCAUCAACGUAUGCCGAUCACUCGUCCACAAGAAAGAUCAGACAUGUCCGUACAAUGCCGCUGUAUGUAUGGUUGACCUGACCCAACAAAACGAUACUCUAAGGUUCCACAACCUGGGCGAGGUAAACAAGCACCAGGUGAUCGUAGAUAACGGACAGCUAGAACUCCAUUACACCAAUGGUGAACAGUGUUCCUCGGGCGGCAGAACCUCAACACGUAUCAUCAUGUACUGCGACAAAACAACCCUGUUUUCCCAUCCGGUUGGCCAUUUUACGGUGAACAAUUGCGAGCAUGAAUUUACCUGGAGUACACAGGCUGCAUGUCCCUUAAACACUGACCAAGACAGCGAGCAGACGGGCAACUGUACCGCCAGGAAUCCAGUCACAGGACAUGUAUUUGACCUCAGUUCCCUAAAUAAAGGGACACCUUAUAAAAUUGACGACCAUCGAGGCCACAUCUUCAAACUCAAUGUGUGUGGCAAAGUUACUGGCUCCGGAUGUGCUGGAGUCUCAGUGGGAGCCUGCCAGGAAGAAGUGGCCGGAGACAAGAGGAACUUCAGUAGUGGGCUAUACAACUCCAAGCUACAGUUUGACAAUGGCGUCCUCGUGCUGAACUAUCAUGGUGGUAAAGACUGCCAUAAUAAAAUGUACAAACGCACAACCAUCAUCAACUUUGUCUGCUCCCAGACAGCCGGUGAGGGUAACCCGGUGUUUAUAGAUGAAUCAGAUGACUGCACUUACUAUUUAUCUUGGCAUACCAGCCUCGCAUGUGAAAAAGAGGUGAAAUGUUCUGUUGAUGCUGGAAACAGAACUAUUGACCUUUCACCUCUGGUCAAGCCAACUGGAGAGUACUCAUCUCUGUCCACUAUGAAUGGGAAAGAUGUCUCGUACUACAUUAACAUCUGCCGACCUCUGAACCCGAUCUACGGAACACUUUGUCCCCCACAGGCCAGUGCUUGUAUGCUACAGCCUGGUGGUAGCCCACAGAGUUUGGGGAAAGUAACUGGUCCUCCAGUGCUGGAGAAAGGAACUGGAAAAGUAACCUUAAUUUAUGAAGGAGGAGAUGUGUGCUCGACAAACCAAGCCAAAAAUAUGUCGACUAAAAUUGUGUUCGUAUGCAACCCAGGAGUGUCCAGAUCUGGCCCGGUACUACAGGAAGUGUCGGACUGCCAGUAUGUGUUUGUAUGGGACACCUCUGUUGUCUGUAGUCAAGACGACACCAAUCUACAGCCAGUGGCCAAUCAGGAUUGUUCUUACAAAGACGCUCAAACUGGCAACACCUACAACCUUACAUACUUCAAAACUUUACAGAAAAGAGAACCAAUGAAAAAAAAUGGUUUCUCAUAUUCAAUCAACGUUUGUGAUAAAGUGGAGACAGCAUUACCUGGAUGUGAGACAGCUGGUGUUUGUCGGACCAAUAAUACGAGAGGGGUCUCCUACGGCAGUGUCGCCCACAGAACUGUGUCAAAGACAGGCAAAGUCAUCCAGCUAACAUACACACAGGGCGAUACUUGUGGUGAGAAUAGAAAGCGGGAGAGUGUGAUCACUUUUGACUGUGAUACAUCUGGCAAAGUCGGCCAACCCAAGUAUACCUAUGCCGGUCAGUGUCAGGCCCUGUUUUACUGGCGGACGUGUGUGGUGUGUCCCAAAGUGGCUGAUGCGUGCUCACUUGGCUACAAUUACAAAAGCUAUGAUCUAAGUAUGUUGUCAAGUGAAACUGGUGGCUGGAAUCUCACUGACGCCAAGGGAAACAGAUACUGGAUCAACAUAUGUCAAUCAGUGAACAAUGGCCCCACAGACUCUGAGGAGUGCCCACACAUGGUGGCAGCCUGGCGACAGACUCCCAGUGGACUGGUGGACAGAUUAGGGCUAAUCAGCACACAGAAACUCACCAUGGACACUGAUGAGAAGACACUGAUUCUACAGUACUUCCAGGGUGACACAGCUUGUUCUAACACAAAGCGACGAAGUGACAACUCUCAUGCCCAAACCUUGAUCAAGUUUGUGUGUGGAAAUACUGUCGGAGGCCCGGUUUUCAUUGAAAGGGACAAUCAAGGUGAAUGUGUGUUCGAGUUCCACUGGAAGUCAAAGGUCGCCUGCAGUCUGAUUAGUCAGACAGUCAAAGACAAAGAUGGCGCUGUGAAAGAUCCAGAAACUGGUGGUGUAAUCAACCUAAAUAAACUUGGGUCGUCUAACGUAAGAGUCAGUGACACAAGUUACUAUGAGCUGAACCCCUCCAGUAUAGUGGGUUCGUGUACAGAUUCUGUUGUUUGUCUACACGACACCACAUCUACAGUACAAAAUAUUGGGGCAUAUUCAAAGAGAAAAUUUUCUUUUGAAGAUGGAAUGUUGGAAGCAGAGUAUGAGUCCGAUAAAAUCUGUGUCCAGGACAGGAAGAAAAAUGUCAAGGCCAUUAUAACAUUCCACUGUAAUGACCAAGAGAAUUCCCCAAUACUGUUGUCACGAUCCAAAGAUUGUGUCCACAUGUUCCUGUGGGAAACUCCGGUUGCCUGUCUCCAUCCUAAAGUAGUGAUUGAUGCGCCCAUAGACAGUUCCAAAGCAAAUGCAGCUGCUGCAGCCGCCAGUAAGGGGAAGACGAUCGGUACAGUGAUGGCGGUGUUUAGUAGCGCCAUCCUCGUGUGUGUGCUCCUCAUUGUAUUCCACAAGAAAGAGCGCAGAGACUCCUGCCUUCUGAAGCUCCGUUCUGUGGUGAAGAAGGAUACAGAGUACAGAUAUUCUAUGUUGCCUGAUGCUAUUGGAAAUGAGGAAUAUGAAGACAUUUUAGGAGCAGCUAACAAUACAGCGGAGCCAGACGAACCCAGGGAGGUGAACACCAAUUCAAUUGAGAGUGAACCAAAAGUGGAGAGUUACCAUGAUGACAGUGAUGUAGACCUUCUGGAGUGAAGUUGGACAUUGCUUGGCUUUCUGUGAUAGAUUAAAGAGAGGCCAGAACUCUCUUUUGUGAUAGGUCGUUCAGAGGUCUGAAUUGUUUGUGGUGAUGAAAUUAGACAGAGGUCUUAACUCUGUGUGGUGAUAAAAUCAUACAGAGGUCUUAACUCUGUGUGGUGAUAGGUCAUUCAGAGGUCUGAACUCUGUGUGGUGAUAUGUCAUACAGAGGUCUUAACUCUGUGUGGUGAUAUGUCAUUCAGAGGUCUGAACUCUGUGUGGUGAUAAAAUCAUACAGAGGUCUGAACUCUGUGUGGUGAUAAAUCACAUUGAAAUCUGAACUCUGUGUGGUGAUGAAAUUAGACAGAGGUCUGAACUUUGUGUGGUGAUGAAAUCAUACAGAGGUCUGAACUCUGUGUUGUGAUAGCUUCCAAACGCCGAUAAUGUUCCUAUCGAAUGUAAUACAUGUAUCACCAUGCUGUUCACUUCUGCUGGCUAAAAAAAUCAUUCAAGUUAACUUAUUACAAGUAUCAAAUUAAUUUAUAAGCCAGAGUUACCUUGAAUACUGCCUUAAAGACCACCUGUCUAUAAAAUACAGAUCAUUUGCUUAUAAAGGCUACCUGUCUUAAAAGUCCACCUGGCUAUAAAGGUCAACUGUCUAUAAAGUCAAACUUUCUACAUAGAAUUGAUUUUCUCUAGCCAUGAGUGGUCUUUGUAAACCUAUUUCAGCGUUGUUGUAAAUUAAUUUAUUCACAAGAUUAAAAUAAACGACACCUAAUAUCCAAAAACAGUCACAUUUUGGUAAUGAAAACAAAGUUAAAGUUUUCAAAAGCAUUUCUUAUAUUGAGUGACUGAUGUUAGAAACAAUUUGCAAAUGCAAAUGCCUAUUACUGUAUUAUGGACAGGGUUUGAGCGACUGGUCUACUGUUUAUAUCCUCAAACUGACCCAUACCCGAAUGGAAAGAAUGGAGAGAUUUGUAUACCUGGUUUAGCUUAUAGAUGUCAUUUUUUUCUGGCAUUGUGAAUCUGAGAGUAAAAGAUUGGAGGAAAGAAGUGAGAGAUUUAUGAAAAAACGGAUAUAUGCAGCUUUGAUAAUGUAAAUGAGGUAGAAUUUCACCUCUGUUUGACAUAUUUUACCCGUUUUGAAGGGAGCAUGAAACCAGGAUGGAGGUGUUUUGAUAUUCUGUGUAGAACAUGUUUAAUAUUUGGAUAUUUUUUCAUAAAAUAGAAAUUUAACAGAUAAACAUUGAUUAAACAGUAAAAAUGUUACAUUGCUAAAUACUAAUUAUGGUGUGGAAAUAUUGUAAAUUAUUAAAUGAGGGAAAUAUUGAUUACACAGUAAAAAUUCAACAUGAUAAACAAAGGUUAAACAGUGAACAUUUAAACAGUAAACAAGGUUCUGUAUAUUUUACAGCAUAUUACUUAAAAUAAACUUUAUAUUUACAUAUCUGGUAAAUCCAAAUCUAUCUACCAAACAAGGUAUUGCAAACCUACUGAAUGUCCAACUUUCAGAACCUCACGAUGUGUGAUCAUGGUCAUUGGGUGAAAGAUGCUUCUAUCAUUUUCCUAUAUAUAUAUUUAUAUUUGUUUUCAUGUUGAUGAGAUGUUAAGGAAUCAUUUAAAUAUUUACAUGGUGUGUGGUAAUAUCAUUCCGUGCUGUUUGGAUUUUCCUGGUUUUAUAAACUUAAUGCUUAAUCCUUUCAUCCCUAUGUAACUUUUGUGGACUCUACUAUGCAUUGAUCUGGAUGAGUCCAUUAUGGUCUACAGUGGUGAAAGGGUUAAAUAUUGAGUUAGUGUGUCUUGUUGAUAAACAUAUCAUUUUGAAUGUAUGAAACUUAAUU